AUGGCUGACUUUGGCGUUGGGGUGCCAGACGAAAUCGCGAGAUUAUCGCUGGGCCAGGGCUCUGCUCCUCAAGAUAUGCUGCCGCCGAGCAUCAGGAGCGAUGGCAUAGCCGUCGUGGACAUCACAGCAAAAUUUUCAGAUGCUGUCAAGACCCUUGAGCCCGGGGCCAUCGUCAAGGAUGGCUUCUUUACGCUGUUCGACUCCGUCGCGGCUUUGGAGAUCAUGGAUCCCAAGAUGGACAGCGGGUGCUCUACCACGGAUGCUGAAGUGGAACAUCUUUACGACGUCUCCAAACCAUUACUGCCUGAGGAGGUGCUCGGCAUCAUAGAUCAGCUUUUAUGCCACGAGAUGUCAUGGCAUCUGGGAUACCCCCUCUCUCAAACCCUCUUCACAAGCUUCUACGUUGAGGCUCUCUCAACGCCGGACCCCCGAAGCAUCCAAGAGGCUUCAUUUAUUCGCAACGGCGGUCAUGACCCAAACGAACAACCCAUGCUCCAGGUCCUACGGGCGUAUUGUCUGGGCAUGCUCAAAAGCUGCGGUUAUGUCAAUGAGAGAAUCAAAUCGGAGCACUAUUAUGAGGAAGAAGAUUUCGUCACAAACACAUAUAACCGCACGCUUUUGGCAAGCCUUCCAACAAGUGCGAUCCGGGACGUCAUAAUCGAGGCCAUGGCAGCUCUCAAGUCACAACGAGGCUCCAUCUCUGAUGAUCUCAUCGACGCCCUGCUGCUUCGGUUGGAGCUGAGGCACAUAUUCCUGGAUGCCGUAGAAUGCCCCAAACAUAUGAAGGAGCCUGAUAUGGCCAAGAAGCCCUGGAAGGAGGGUCUCGUCAUCUUACCGGCCUUGAAGAAAUCCCACUCUCUCGCUUCGCCGGUGGAUGACGCUUUCAGCGCCAAGUUGCAGCGGAAGCUGGCCAGCACUAUGCCUCCACGGCCCAUUGUUCAGCUGGAGUUCGACGUCGCUUUCGGCCACCUGAAGAGUCUGUUCGAAGACGGCCUGGAGCUUAUUGAUGUUCUACACUAUACUGAUUCGCAGUGCUUACUCACGUUUGUAUCUACCUUUCAAGCGAAGAAGCCGCAGCCUAUAGUAUAUGUACGAACGCUAUUACAGACAUUCCUAUUCGACGCCAUGGAAGUUUUAGGGUCCAUGAGCAUCCGCCAACUUCUUGACGACGACUUUGCCAUUCUUACGAUGCCGGCGCACCAGUAUCUUGAUAGACUAAACGAUGAAGUCGAAGCUGUUCAGGAUCCACGAUACGCCAUGGCGCAGCAGAUGGAGCUUUUCAGAACAAGAGCAGCCCAGCCGUUUCUGGAUAUCCUACGCACGACCUGUCAGAAUCGGUGCCGCGUGAGGAGGACCCUCUGUCACCUCCUUCGCGACUGGGAGAGUCUGCAGGUGGACGCAGAAGAAAUCGACCAGAUCCUCCAGGUCAAGGUAAAGGAGCAGCCGACCAUGCACUGGUCAUCCAUGGGCAGCGGCGGCGUGGAGUCUUACUCGCUGCCCCUGUCAUCAUGGACAUAUCUGUACAAGCUACGGCAGAUGGAGCAGAUUAUCCAGCUGGGGUUUGAGCUGGAGAUUUACCAGGCUGACGAACUCGCCGGCAUGUACUGGUAUCUCAACUACAUCUCCAAGUCUCGCCUUCACCACACUGAACGAAUCAAAUCUUUUGUCAUCAAGAGGGUUGAAGAGACGCAUGGCCAGCCGGGAAACCCGGAUCCCACCAUCGGCACACAGCUGCAACGAUCGCUCAUGUAUACCCGCCUAUCAUUGCUAGACGCCGCCGUCACCUGGGAGCUAUCCGACUCGCUGUCUUGUCUGUACACCGUCUUGAAUCGCCUCAAGCUCAUCAAGGCACCGCCAAGGCCGUAUGGUACCGACGAAUUCCGAUACGAGAUCCGGAUGAGACCGUUUGCACCAGUUGGUCUUCCCGUCCUGCCCACCUUUGAAGAGUUUACGGCCGGAACGCUGCAACCCGACACGGAGAUUGAUGAGCUCUUUGAGUAUGCAGAGAGAGCAGUGGAAGGCGCCAAGAGAGGCUUUGAGGCUCUGAGCAAGAUGACUGCCGAGGAAUCCUUCUCAGUCGGCUCUCACCAGCGAUGGGCCGCGGCCACCAAGAAUGGACUCAAGUCGUGUAUUGCUACGAAGAUUGCCAUUUCAGCGGUGGCAAAGGCGGUGGAAAAGUCAAAGGAUCUGGACAAUUUGAAGAUCAAGGUCGAGAUUCCCACUCCGCAAAAGGCAUAUCAUGAAUCAUGGAUUGUCCCCAAGAUAAUGCCAUUAGCAUGA